AAAAAAACUUCACAUCAAAGUUGUAGUUUGAGGCGUUUGUGUCGGUGUCGGGUGCAGUCAAAGCAACGCUUCGCUUAUCGAAAACGAGUGAAAACAAUUGUGAUAAUUCGCACUGAACAUGGUUUAAGUGUUCCGGGAAAGGUGUUGUGCAAAAAUUUCGCAGUGACAUAAUCAGAGUGCUAUAAUCGCGAUGGCUUUGGGUAACGGGAGCACCCCGAACGGGGGUGUUACCCAGGAAAAGGCCCCGGUGGUCAACGGGACUAACAUGGAAACGCUACCGAGAGCUGGAAAACAGACUGAUCCAAACACAGCAUUUUUAAGAGCAGCACGCGCAGCUCAGCUGGACAAAAUUCAGGAGUAUUUGGAUUCAGGAACGGUUAGAGAUAUCAAUACUUCAAAUGCGAAUGGCUUGAACGCGCUACAUCUUGCAGCAAAAGAUGGACACGUAGAAAUCGCAAGGGAAUUAUUAAAACGAGGUGCUAUAGUCGAUGCUGCUACAAAAAAAGGGAAUACGGCGUUACAUAUAGCAUCGUUAGCCGGACAAGAAGAAAUCGUACGAUUAUUAAUUCAACAUGGUGCCUCUCUCAACGUACAAUCACAGAAUGGGUUUACUCCGCUUUAUAUGGCUGCUCAAGAAAAUCAUGAUGGUUGUGUUCGGUAUUUAUUAUCGAAAGGAGCUAACCAAACGUUGGCUACAGAGGAUGGGUUUACACCCCUUGCCGUAGCAAUGCAACAGGGCCAUGACAAAGUUGUCGCCGUUUUGCUAGAAAAUGACAUCAAGGGAAAAGUGAGAUUACCAGCUUUACAUAUCGCUGCCAAGAAAGACGACGUAAAAGCAGCCGCAUUAUUGUUACAAAAUGAGCACAAUCCGGAUAUAACAUCUAAAAGCGGCUUUACGCCGUUGCACAUAGCUGCUCAUUAUGGCAACGAUAAAGUUGCAUCAUUGUUAUAUGACAAGGGAGCCGAUGUUAAUUAUGCAGCUAAACACAAUAUUACGCCUCUUCACGUCGCCAGCAAGUGGGGAAAAAUUAACAUGGUCACUUUGUUAGUGGCUAAAGGGGCAGAUAUCCAGGCAAAAACGCGAGAUGGUCUUACACCGUUGCAUUGCGCUGCACGGUCAGGGCAUGAUUUAGUUGUCGACAUGUUGCUGGAAAAUGGAGCACCAAUGCAUGCUAAAACGAAGAACGGAUUAGCUCCUCUUCACAUGGCAGCUCAGGGCGAACACGUGGAUGCAGCUAGAAUUUUGUUGUAUCAUGGUGCACCUGUAGACGAAGUUACUGUUGAUUAUUUGACAGCCCUUCAUGUAGCCGCCCAUUGUGGACAUGUAAGAGUAGCAAAACUUCUGCUAGAUCGUGGUGCUGAUCCUAAUGCCCGAGCCUUAAACGGCUUUACACCUUUACACAUUGCGUGUAAGAAAAAUAGGAUCAAAAUGGUAGAACUUUUAUUGAAACACGGUGCAAGCAUAGGUGCUACAACUGAAAGCGGAUUAACACCUCUUCAUGUUGCUAGUUUUAUGGGAUGUAUGAACAUUGUUAUUUAUUUAUUACAACGUGAUGCUAGUCCAGACAUUCCAACCGUGCGGGGUGAAACGCCUUUACAUUUAGCGGCCAGAGCUAAUCAGACUGAUAUCAUUCGGAUAUUAUUACGAAACGGUGCAGCUGUAGACGCUAAAGCUAGAGAAGAGCAAACUCCGCUCCACGUGGCUUCCAGACUCGGAAAUGUUGAUAUCGUUAUGUUGCUUUUGCAACACGGUGCUCAGCCUCAUGCGACAACAAAAGAUCUUUACACGCCGCUGCAUAUCGCUGCAAAAGAAGGACAAGAAGAAGUCGCUUCAGUACUGCUUGACAACGGUGCAGAUUUGUCUGCAACGACAAAAAAAGGCUUCACUCCGUUACAUUUAGCUGCUAAAUACGGUCACUUAAAUGUAGCGAGAUUAUUGUUACAAAGGGAUGCCCCGGCUGAUGCACAAGGAAAAAAUGGCGUUACACCCUUACAUGUAGCCGCUCACUAUGAUCAUCAGCCUGUUGCUUUAUUAUUAUUAGAUAAAGGUGCUUCACCACAUGCAAUAGCCAAGAACGGUCACACACCUUUACACAUUGCCGCUCGCAAAAAUCAGAUGGACAUUGCAACAACGCUACUAGAAUAUGGUGCUCAAGCUGAUGCUGAGUCUAAGGCUGGUUUCACACCAUUACAUCUAAGUGCGCAAGAAGGCCAUUCGGAUAUGUCUUCUUUACUCUUAGAACACCAAGCUGACGCAAAUCAUACAGCCAAGAAUGGGUUAACACCAUUGCACCUGUGCUCCCAAGAAGAUAGAGUAGCAGUUGCUCAGUUACUUUUACGGGCGGGCGCGCAAAAAGAUGUUCAAACUAAAGCCGGAUACACACCAUUACAUGUGGCUUGUCAUCAUGGGCAUGUAAACAUGGUGCGAUUACUUAUAGAACAAGGUGCCGAAGUAAAUCCUGUCACCAGCGCAGGUUAUACACCCUUGCAUCAAGCAGCACAGCAGGGUCAUGUUUUGGUUAUUAGUUUAUUGUUGAAAAAUAAAGCAAAUCCUAACGCAGUAACAAACAAUGGACAAACUGCUUUAGGUAUUGCAAAUAAGUUGGGUUACAUUAGUGUGGUUGAAGAGCUUAAGGUUGUAACCGAAACUAAUAUUACUACUACCACUAUUGUGAAUAUUGAAGAAAAGUAUAAAGUUAUGGCACCUGAAGCGAUGCAAGAAACAUUUAUGUCUGAUUCCGAAGACGAAGGAGGCGGAGUGGACGAACCGCCCGUGGCUUACGGUCGACCAACGCAUGCUCAGCACGUCUAUCUACCCUUCUACCAGGGACAUAUGACAUACACACGUGACGAUCCAAUACUUGGUGAUCAGCAGCAAUAUAAAUAUAUGACAGUUGAUGACAUGAAAUCUCUUGGAGACGAUUCUAUGCGCAUGGAUGUUACCCACGAUGAGAAAAGCGAAUAUCGGAAUUCGAUGGCUCCGUCACACGUUAGUAACGAAUUAAUAAUUAAUCCUACUCAUGUAAAAGAGUAUUAUGCUUCCAACACGUAUACCACUCCAGACAAUGUGGAUAUAAAUCGACAACCCAUAACUGUUGGCUUAUGCAGACAAGAGUGGUCCAAUCUAGAAUACUCAUUGCAUCUUCUGGGUCCCAAAAGUCAAGGAUCGGGUCUAUGCAGAGAAAGCUUCUUGGUGUCUUUCUUGGUUGAUGCGCGCGGAGGCGCAAUGAGAGGAUGUCGACAUUCUGGUGUACGCGUUAUUGUACCUCCUAGAUGUGCCUCAAGUCCAACCAGAAUCACUUGUCGAUAUGUUCGCCCACAACGAACACCUCAUCCUCCACCUCUGAUGGAGGGAGAAGCUUUGGCAAGUAGACUCCUAGAAUUGGGACCAGUGGGCGCAAGAUUCUUAGGACCAGUGAUCAUCGAGGUACCCCACUUCGCUUCACUGAGAGGCAAGCAACGUGAAAUCGUGGUACUACGUUCAGACAACGGCGAAACGUGGAAAGAACAUACCUUAGAGGCCAACGAAGAGGCGAUUCAAGAUGUUUUGAACCAUAGUUUUGACGGUGAAGAACUGAGCCAGAUUGAAGACCUACAUACGAACAGAAUUACGAGAAUUUUAACCAACGAUUUUCCGCAUUAUUUUGCUGUAGUGUCUAGGAUUAGACAAGAAGUUCAUGCAAUAGGCCCCGAUGGAGGUACUGUAUCGAGCAGUGCCGUACCUCUCGUUCAAGCAGUCUUCCCACCUAAUGCACUUACGAAGAAAAUCCGAGUCGGCCUUCAAGCGCAGGCCAUUGAACCUGAAUUAGUAUCUAAGCUACUGGGACAUGGUGUCGCGGUCUCGCCAAUUGUUACAGUUGAACCUCGAAGACGGAAAUUCCACAAGGCCAUCGCUUUGAGUGUGCCAGCUCCAAGGGCUCAUUCUCAAGGGAUGAUUAAUCAGUAUUCUGGAUCCGCACCCACUUUACGAUUACUAUGUUCCAUCACAGGUGGUCAAAACAAAGCGGUUUGGGAAGACGUUACCGGCUCAACACCACUAACAUUUGUCAAAGACUGCGUCUCGUUCACAACGACGGUAUCAGCACGUUUUUGGCUGAUGGACUGCAGAAAUGUAUCGGACGCCGCAAGAAUGGCAACCGAUUUAUACACACAGGCAACACAUGUACCUUUCAUGGCAAAAUUUGUUGUUUUUGCCAAACGAGUCAGCCUUUUCGAAUCAAGAAUACGAGUAUUUUGCAUGACAGACGAUAAAGAAGACAAAACUUUAGAACACCAGGAACACUUCGUGGAAAUUGCGAAAAGUAGAGAUAUUGAAGUACUUGAAAAUAAAGACGUUUAUAUGGAGUUUGCUGGCAACUUGGUGCCUGUGCUACAAUCGGGCGAACAGCCUAGAUUAGGCUUCAAGGCUUUUAGAGAAAAUCGUCUCGCUUUCACGAUGCGACUGAGAGAUCCAGAUGAGGAGCCAGUUGGUCGUAUCAUCUUUAUGAGUGACUCUAAAGUGGCCAAAGGCGAACCCACUCAAACUCCUUUAUGUACUCUCAAUCUAGUUUUACCUAAGGAAAUACUUCCCGAUCGCGAUUCACAAUCAGAUUUGCUUUCGCUUCAUGUUGAUAAUAGUUUUCUCCAUCACGGUGGUAUAAGUAAACCUGAUACCAUUCAUCGCGCCGACUUCAGAUUAUCUGACAUUUGUAAUCUCCUGGAUGAGGACUGGGUCAAACUUGCAGAAGAAUUAGAUAUCGCCCCCUCUGACAUCACUCUAAUACGUGAAGAAUACCCGAAUAAUAAUCCACAACAAGCUAUGAUCAUGUUCAGACUGUGGUUACGACAAAAAGCUAAUAAGGCUACAGGAAAUAAGCUGGAGUUAGCACUAAAGAAAAUUGGGCGACCCGAUAUUGUUUCCAAAUGUAUUUGUAAUGUUGAAUUGGUUACUGAUGAUAUGGAAAAAGCUCUCGCUAAGGUACGUUUGGACCAGUCCGGAUUCGAUACAUUGAAAGACGAAUUAGGCUCUUCAAGAGACGCAUCGCUAAGACGGGAUACAAGUAUAAAUAAGUACAUUAAAGGCAGUCAGGAUGAACUUGAUAAAAGUGAUAGAAGCAAUGAUUUCCAAAAUCAAAACUCAACGGAUAAAGAUCUGACCGAUACCAUCAGCGACCAGAAAUUGGAAAAGUCAAUUGAAAAUCAGCUGGACAACAGAUCUGUGUCCCCUAACGCAAAUCGAGAGAUUAUAGAAGAAAUCACUCAGCAGCUAAACCACUUGCAGUCCACUCCGAAAUUAAAAAUUGACGCCAAUGCUAAUACGCCCCCACCUAGUCCCGCAGAAUUUCACUUCGAUAGAGAAGCAAAUUUCAUGAAUCAAAUGCACCCGACGAAAGGAACCAGCCCAACUCAAGAAGAAAUUGUAACUUCUACGCCUUUGAAAAAAGACAACCAAUCUGGUGAUGUGUUCAUUGAUCCUAUAGCUGUUCUUAAAAAGAACGUUAAUGAUACUUUGACAUUUUUGCAUCAAGAACGCAACGAUUUUUUACCAGAAGAUGAUAUUAUAAUACCUAGUCGAAAAGAUGAUCAUAUAUCUAAAAAAAUUGAUCUUGAUAGUAUUAAUUUGAAAACUCAGAAGAAAUCAUCGGAUGAUUUAAAAAAUGUUAUUCAAAACGAAGUUAAUGAUGUAAUUAAGAAAGCUGAAGAUGUAGUAAAUGACUUAAAGAACGACACAGAAAGUAUAGUAAAAGAAAAAAUUGAUAGGAGUAAAGAAUUUGUUGAAGAAACAACAGACAGUCUCAGAGAAACCGGAGAUAGUUUAGUGGAUGAUUACAAAAAUGUAACUGAGGAUUCAUUAGAUAACUUGGAAAGUUUAAAAGACGAUUCCAUCACCAAUGCACAAGAAAAGAGUGAGGAAGCUUUCAAGUUUUUGGAAAAUGAAGCCAGCACUCCACCAACACCGGUUAGAAAUAAAUUGAAAGAGACAGCUAAUUUUGUGCAGCAAGAAAUAGAUUCAGCAAUAAAUGAUGUGGAUAUUUCAAUAAGUCCAAAUAGAAGUGCAAUACCUGUGGCCAAAUCAAAACAAAAAGGAGAAAAAGAAAAAGACAUAGACUUAUUAUUUUCAUAUGAUGGUAGAGAAGCUGCAUCACCACCUGAAGAUGAUUUGUUGAGUAAAAUUCCAAUAAAAGGUGGCAAAGUAAAGACGAUAAAAAAACAUUCAAAAGACCCAUUAAAAGAGUUUGUUAAACUUUCACAAGACGUUAAUUGGGACGAUAAUGACGAAAAUAUAACUGAAAAAAUUGUAAUGAACGUCACAGCAGAUCCCAUAGUAAAAACAACACCAACUAGAAUAACAAGUGAAACUGUUAAUUCCGAAAGAAUAAAAAGUAAAAUUCCGGUUCUCCACACGGAAACUCUUUCUCCAACUGAAAUCACAGAACGAUACGAAGUGUCACCGAAAAGUAAAAUUCCAAUAUUAAAGACAGAAACGACUAGAAUAACAUCACCAGAAACAACCUACGUCGAACGAACGAUAAUUUCGCCUACGCAAGUUGUCGAAACGACGGUAGUAUCGCCUGGAUCAAAGAUUUCAAAAAGUAGUACGAUCGAGUCAGACUCGGAUGACGAUAGUCCGAGAAUGACACCCCCUUUAAAAGGUAUAUUAAAGAAGACUAGCAUCCGAACUGUUGGCAGUUCAAGUGGUUCAGACGUGGCGCUUCAUGAAGAGGGUGCCGAAUUGAGUGAAAGCGAAACAGAGGAUCUGUACCAGCAAGACCAGCCUCAUUAUACGGAAACAAUAACAGAAGAGGUUGAUCCGGUAACUGGUGCUAAGAUCACACGAACCAUUAGGACGGUCACCCAAACUGUUUCAUCUCCUGUAGGAAGAAGCGAAGAAGAAAUGCGACAAAGUAUGCAAAAUGUUUUAGAUCAGUUUAUGACAGAAGAAAGAAACCCUCAUUAGAUAAAAAUUUCGUGAAUAGCGAGCUUGCGGUACGUUCACACUCCUGAUACUUAAAAUUGACAGGAAAAAAAUUUACUCAUAUUAUUUGACCAGUGUUUAUUUUAUUUUUAUACUGUAACUGACAUGAUAUUUUUAUUGAUCUGUUUAUCUUAUUAUGUAAAAGUGAUUCCAUUGUUGUAAGUUUUAUCAUUUAAAAUGACCAAUUUUAGAAUUGUGAGUUCAUUAGAAAUUAGGAAAUAAGUUACGAAUCUUGCGAAAAAAUUAAAGUGUUCUAAACAUUAAAAUUUUCAAAUUUAAAAGUUAUAUAUAAAAUAAAAUAAUAUAUUGCGCAUUUCUGCUUUAAGUAGUUUUAAAACAGUUAAAUUCCAGUUAUGUACAUUAUUUUUAGCCUUUGAACUAGUGCCUAGAUUUGUGAAACUUUUACUUGAAAAAUUAGGUUAUUGUUUCAGGUAAAAAUUUUGCCAAUCAUGUUUCCGUUAUAUUAUUAAUAGCUGAGCUGUUAUCUCGAAGGUACUAAGCAUUUCCGCCACAGUUGAUUACUUGUGAGAUUUUAUCAUUAUACAUAAAUAGAUUUUAAUAUAUUUAAUAUAAAUAUGCUUAUCUGGAAUAAAUUACAUCUUGUAGAAAUGGUUGCUUCUAUAUUAAUUAUAUUUAUUUCCAAAAUAAA